GGUUUUUUUUUUUUAUCUCGAUAAAAUUCGCGGCGAUCGAUAGCAGUCGGAGGAGAAGAAUCGACUAUCUUCACCGCAUGGAAGAUAGCAGUCGGAGGAGAAGAAAUUCGACUAUGCAAUCAGUGUAUCUGGCUGAACCCUAAGGACAAUAUACAAGUGAUCAACUUUUCAGAGUAGAGUACCUCCCACAAACAAGUUGAUUGAGGUUAGUAGUGGUCAAGAUGAUGAUGAGGAAAAGAGAAGAAAUGCAGUUCACCAAGCAGCCUUACAUUGAAGAUGUGGGCCCUCGGAAAAUAAAAAGUAUUCAGUUUUCAACUUUCUCUGGUUCUGAAGUAAUGAAAUCAGCUGAAGUUGAAGUCUAUCGUGGAGUUUACUAUGAUGCUUCCAAGAAUCCUAUUCUCAAUGGCCUAUUAGACCCUCGCAUGGGCCCUCCAAACAAGACCAAAUCUUGUGCAACAUGCAAUGGAGAUUUCAAAGAAUGUCCUGGUCACUAUGGAUACUUGAAUCUUGCUUUACCAGUUUUUAAUGUUGGAUAUCUACCCAUCAUUGUGGACAUCUUGAAAUGCAUUUGCAAGGGUUGUUCCCGCAUUCUUCUUGGUGAAAAAGAACGUCUAGACUUCCUACGAAAGAUGAGAAAUACAAAGUUGGAGCAUUUGAAAAAGAAUGAGUUGUUCAAAAGAGUUGUGAAAAGGUGCACUGCCAUGACAAGUGGUCGCAAGGCAGUGAUUUGUUCCAGAUGUGGAUGCGUAAAUGGAAUGGUGAAAAAGGGCCCUUUGAAGAUCAUCCAUGAAUAUGGAAGUCAGUUUUUAGAUGAGUGCCAUAAUGCUGUUUCAAACAAAACCAAGGGAUCUAUUACUGUGCCUCCAGAACUCGACUCAAAGACAGUUCACUCCCUCUUCAAGAAAAUGAUAGAUGAGGACUGUGAGUUGCUUUACCUUAGUGACAAACCAGAAAAACUCCUUGUCACAAGUAUCCCUGUGCCACCAAUAGCAAUACGCCCUUCAGUCUUUGUGGAUGGUGGAAUGCAGAGUAAUGAGAAUGACAUCACAGAGAGGCUGAAGCGCAUUAUCCAAGCAAAUUCAAGUCUUCGACAAGAAAUUUCCGAUACAACUCUUCCAGCUAGAAGUCUGGCUAGCUGGGUUGAUCUCCAAAUGGAAGUUGCACAGUACAUAAAUAGUGAUGUACGUGGAUUGCCACCACAAAUGCAAGCUUCCAGGCCACUAAGUGGCUUUGUUCAGCGCCUCAAAGGAAAGCAAGGUCGUUUCCGUGGAAAUCUGUCAGGCAAGCGUGUUGAAUAUACUGGACGCACUGUUAUUUCACCCGAUCCAAAUCUUAAAAUCACUGAGGUAGCAAUUCCUAUCUUAAUGGCUCGAAUUUUAACAUUUCCUGAGCGUGUUUCACGACACAACAUAGAGAAGUUGAGGCAAUGUGUUCGCAAUGGGCCCAACAAAUACCCUGGUGCGAAGUAUAUCAAGCAUCCUGAUGGUACCGAGAUUUCGUUAAUGUACUCUAGUAGAAAGCGUCAUGCUGAUGAAUUGAAAUAUGGCUACAUAGUUGAUCGUCAUUUGGAAGAUGGAGAUGCUGUUCUAUUUAAUAGACAACCAAGUUUACAUCGAAUGUCUAUCAUGUGCCAUCGGGCAAGGAUUAUGCCAUGGCGCACAUUGAGAUUUAAUGAAUCUGUUUGCAAUCCCUACAACGCUGAUUUUGAUGGUGAUGAGAUGAAUAUGCAUGUACCACAAACAGUAGAGGCGCGCACAGAGGCUCUUUUGUUGAUGGGGGUCCAAAACAAUUUAUGCACCCCAAAGAAUGGAGAAAUCUUGGUUGCUUCUACACAGGAUUUUCUAACAUCUUCCUUUCUCAUUACAAGGAAGGACACAUUUUACGAUCGUGCUUCGUUUUCACUUAUGUGUUCAUACAUGGGCGAUGCGAUGGAUCACAUUGAUUUGCCAACUCCAGCUUUAAUUAAGCCAGUUGAGCUUUGGACUGGAAAACAGUUAUUUGGUGUGCUUCUACGUCCAUAUAGUAAAAUGAGAGUCUACGUAAACCUUACUCUUCAGGAGAAGAGUUACCACGACAAAAAAGGUCUAGAGACAAUGUGCCCAAGUGAUGGGUUUGUUUACUUCCGCAACAGUGAGCUGAUAAGUGGGCAACUUGGAAAGGCCACACUAGGAAAUGGAAACAAGGAUGGACUUUAUUCUGUGCUGCUAAGGGACUAUAACGCACAUGGUGCUGCAAUAUGUAUGAAUCGGCUUGCAAAGUUGAGUGCUCGUUGGAUAGGGAAUCAUGGAUUUUCAAUUGGCAUCGAUGAUGUCCAACCAAGAAAGGAGUUAGUUGAAAAGAAGACAAUGGAAAUAGAGAAGGGGUAUGGGACAUGUGAAACGUAUAUAGCUUCAUUUAACAAGGGGGAACUUGAGCUUCAACCUGGCUGUGAUGCUGCACAGACACUUGAAGCCAAUAUAACAAAGGAACUGAAUGGUAUCCGAGUGAAAACUGGGCGAGUGUGUACUGAUACACUACAUUGGAGGAAUAGCCCCUUAAUUAUGUAUCAAUGUGGUUCAAAAGGCUCAGAUCUCAAUAUUAGUCAGAUGAUUGCAUGUGUCGGCCAGCAAUCUGUUGGGGGUUGUCGUGCUCCAAAUGGAUUCAUUGACCGGAGUCUUCCUCAUUUUCCUACAAAAUCAAAAUUUCCAGCUGCUAAAGGAUUUGUCGCCAGUUCAUUUUAUGAUGGUUUAAGUGCUACUGAGUUUUUUUUCCACACUAUGGGUGGAAGAGAAGGCCUUGUAGACACAGCGGUUAAAACUGCUGACACAGGGUAUAUGUCUCGGAGGCUUAUGAAGGCUCUGGAGGAUCUUUCAAUUUUGUACGACAGAACCGUGAGAAAUGCAAGUUCAUGCAUAGUGCAAUUUGAGUAUGGUGAUGAUGGUAUGGACCCUGCACAGAUGGAAGAGAAAAAAGGGCAUCCUCUGAACUUUAAUAGAUUAUUUAUGAAAGUUAAGGCAACAUGUCCUCCUGGAGAGGAAAAGAGUCUGUCAUCAUCAGAAAUCCAACAGGUGGUGCAUAGAAGGCUUUCAGAACAUGAUAUGACUCCAGAUGGGGGGUGCUCAAAGGCCUUCUGCGAAUCAUUAAAACAAUUCAUUGAAAACAACUGUGUAGCAAGCUUAGAGAAAACACGGAAAGAUCUGAAACUUGAUGGGGAACAUAAUGCAGGGGAGGAUCUUGAUGCUCUUGAAAGUAUCGCUUUAAAUAUAUCAGGUGUAACAAGAAAGCAACUACAGGUUUUCCUAGAGAUCUGCAUCUCUCGUUAUCAUGCAAAGAAAUUAGAAGACGGAACUUCAAUCGGUGCAAUAGGAGCUCAGAGCAUUGGAGAACCAGGGACGCAGAUGACAUUAAAAACUUUCCACUUUGCUGGUGUUGCAAGCAUGAAUGUUACACUUGGUGUUCCUCGCUUAAAAGAAAUUAUAAAUGGAGCCAAAAGGAUCAGCACACCGUUUAUUAAAGCAAAACUUUCAUGUGAUGAUGAUCUAGCUUUUGCUAGAAUGGUAAAGGGUCGUAUUGAAAAAACUCUUCUUGGUCAGGUUGCCAAGGGUAUUGAGAUAGUGAUGGCUGCGAGAGUAGCAUCCAUAGUUAUAGUGCUUGAUAUGGAAGCAAUUCAAACUUCAUAUCUUUCCAUAGAUGCUUAUAUUGUUAAGGAAUCAAUUUUGCAGACUAAAAAAUUGAAGUUGAAGGAACAGCACAUCAGGGUUUUAGAUCGUAGAAAGCUGGAAGUUAUCCCUCAUGCUGAUCGAAGUAAACUUCAUUUUGAACUCCACCGUCUCAAAAAUAAGCUUCCCGGGGUUGUUGUGAAGGGUAUCAACACUGUUGAAUGUGCUGUGAUCAAGAAAGGCAAAAAGGGAAACUACAAAUUGCCUGUGGAAGGGACUGGUCUUCUAGCUGUUAUGGGCACAGCUGGAGUUGAUGGACGUAAUACAACAAGCAAUCACAUCAUGGAAGUGAAUCAAGUACUUGGAAUUGAAGCCGCAAGAAGUUGUAUAAUUCAUGAGAUUAGGAAAACCAUGUCAAAACAUGGAAUGACUAUAGAUUUACGUCACAUGAUGCUUCUAGCAGAUCUAAUGACUUUUAAGGGUGAAGUAUUAGGAAUUACUAGAUUUGGUAUGCAGAAGAUGAAAGACAGUGUAUUGACUUUAGCUUCCUUUGAGAAGACUGCUGAUCACCUUUUCAAUGCUUCUGUAAGUGGGCGGGAUGACAAAAUUGAAGGAGUCGGUGAAUGCAUCAUUAUGGGCAUUCCAAUGCAGAUGGGCACAGGGAUGUUUAAGGUUAUGCAAAGCAACACUUCUCAUCCAGUUGAGCUGAAUUAUGGAAAAGAAUCAAUUAUCCCCAGAGACGACUAGGUACCGAUUUUCACCAUGAUUCAACUCUUCAAAAGGUCGUCUUCAAAAUUACAAAGGAAGGGUUUAUGUUUGUGGAAAGGUAAAACCAAUUGUUCUUACUGAUGCUGACAUUUGCUUGCUUAAUUGCUUGCAUUACGGUUCUCAAGUCUCAACAAUCAGAAUAUUUUAGCACAUGAAUGAUGUGAAUGAAUACUAUGUAACGCCGUUUUACUCCUUAGGCUGUAGUUUGUUGUGGAAUUGUUAGUUGUUACAGAGUAUUAGAUAUUUUCUUCUUCUUAGGAUAAAUAGGAAAUAUUGUACUGGAGGUUUUUAUGCUUGGAUAUUAAUCAAUUGAAAUAUCUUUUCUCUCA